AAACUCACUCCCCAACUUCAGGCCGGAGUUAAAAUGGCGCCGCAGUACUCGCACCCAGGCUGGACGGAGCGGGUAGAAACGGUCUGACUCUGGUUUCACCUUCCCUUUACAACGGAACAAGUGUAACCUACUCAGCCAGCGGCCGCAAGGUUCACCUCGGGCAGUGGAGGAGAUGGAGCGGCCACCACGGUGCGUUGAGGAAGCGAUGAAGCCAAGUUGUAAAAGGCAAAAUAUGUUCAGAUCCUUCACUACCUCUCCAUCAAAAUACAGGAAAUAUGUGUCUGAGCUGCCAUUGGAAGAACCAGGUGAUAAUGAGGCAAUGUCUAGAAGUGGUUCAGUAUGUGAUCACACAGAUACCAGGAGAAUAAUCAUUGAGAAAACUGGCAAAGGACAGAAGGCUGUUGAUGAGAGUAAUGUACAAAUGAAUGCCAUGCCAAAUGCAAUUUCUUCAGGAAACGCUCAUCAUUCACGAGACGACAAGUUAAACAGAUCUGUGUGUUUGGAGCCUGAGAAGAAUAUGGAAGCUGAAAGAAGUCUACCUGAAGCAUUAAGCAGUUCCACUCAACAAAGUUCUCAAUCUACAUUCAGGGCAAGGGAUGAUAAUGGUAUCUUUCAGCCAAAGUCCCGGAAGGCAGUGCCUCCCCAGGGUACCGGAGUUCUCUACCUUAAAGCCAUAUCAGAAGCUAUUGGCAGAGACUUCCAGAAAACACGGCUGCACUGCCAUACCAUAGACACUGAGCAUGCUGAUUUGAUACCUUCUAAACCUGUGACGAAAUAUUGCAAGCAAACUAACGAAGCUAGUUGGCAUGAAACAACUCGGAAUAGUGCUUCCCGACACAGCAUUCAGCAACAAGAAACUGAUGCUGAAAAUAAUUCUGUGGGCCGAAAGUGGAAUGUUGGAUUAAAGGCUAGUGAAGAAUUACCAAAUGAAAGGCCCAAGGUAGUGUUUCCUAAUGUAGCUGCGACUAUUGACACAAGUGUGGAAGAAAGAAGCAAUGAUCUCCUUCAAGAAAAUGAGGGUGUGGGCCACAAGAAAUUGACUUUUGAUGACGAUGCAUCCUUUGGAAGUGACUGGUCUGAUGUUGAGGACCCCAUUCAAUUAGCUACUUUUUCACAAGAUUCCAGUCCAACAGAUAACCUGGAAAGCUUCAAACCUGGCACUCCAUUGAACGACAAAUAUAAUACACAGUCAUCUUUUAUGUAUUCUACCCCUUCCGGUUCAUGUGCAAAAAAUUGGACUUCUCAGCAGUCUUCACAAGCUAGCAGUUUUAUUGGUGAUUGCUGUUAUCAUAACCUUGAUGACGGAACAGAAUCUUUCCCAAGUUACUCAAAAACAAUUUCACAAGGUUCACAGUCUGCUAUUUGCAGUAACUUGUCUUUUGAAUCAUUAGGCUACUCGUUUGAUCAUAGCAAUAACAUGGAUGAUAGUAAGAGUUGCGUCAACUCAUCACAAGAUGAUUCAGAAGUUUGGGACAAUGAUUCAGAGAAUUGGUAUCAAGAAAAUUGGGGACUGAAUUACCAAAGGGGUUUUGUGGACACUCAUUGCCAUCUGGACUUUUUAUUCUCUAAAUUAUCCUUUAAGGGAACUUUCACAAAUUUCAUGAAACUUUAUGACAGCACAUUCCCAGCUGAGUUUCAUGGCUGUAUCACUGAUUUCUGUGACCCUCGUUGCCUGGUUCGUGGAAAUUUAUGGGAACAUUUACUGGAAGAACCACUUGUUUGGGGUGCUUUUGGCUGCCAUCCGCAUUUUGCCCGCUACUACACAAAUUCACAGGAAAGUGCAAUUCUUCAAGCAUUGAGACACCCAAAAGCUGUUGCAUUUGGAGAGAUGGGUUUGGACUACUCUUAUAAGUGUUCAACAAACAUUCCUGACCAAAAACGGGUCUUUGAGAGACAGCUAAAGCUUGCGGUGGCAUUAAAGAAACCACUUGUUAUCCACUGCAGGGAUGCUGAUGAAGAUCUUUUUGAGAUAAUGAAAAUGAAUGUGCCAAAGGACUACAAAAUUCAUAGGCAUUGCUUCACUGGCUCUUAUGAGGUGAUUGAGCCAUUUCUGCAGGAAUUUUCUAAUUUAUCAGUUGGAUUCACAGCCCUGAUCACCUACCCAUCUGCUGGUGUGACCAAGGAGGCAGUCAGAAAAAUCCCAAUGGAACGGAUUGUCGUAGAGACUGAUGCACCAUACUUCUUACCCAGAGGGGUCCCCAAAGGGCUUUGUUCCCAUUCCCAUCCAGGACUUGGCUUAUACACUGUAAAGGAAAUUGCGAGGUUGAAAGUAAUGACAUUGUCCACAGUUCUUUAUAAACUGAGAAGAAAUACCCACAAUCUAUAUGGAAUAUAAACAACUGACAAAAUCGAAUAGAAUAUGUAACCCCACUUACUUUGAAAUAUACAGGUCCAAAAGCUUAUAUAUAUUCCAACGUUACAUGAAAAUGUCAAAAAGAUUAUUGAUACAAAUAUCAGUCCAGUGCAUUAUUUUUUAAGCAACAGCUUUAAGUUUACAUUAUUUUAUGUUUUAAUUGUGUACUCCUUAUUUCUUAUUAACUUUUACUCAAGCUACAAUUUUAACUUGAGACAAUUUGAAAAAUGAUACGACUCUUUAAACACUGACUAGUUUUUUUUUCAGUUUUGUCUUGAAUUAUUGAUUUUCUCAAUAAAUAAAAUAAAAUAAAUAAAUACAAAG